GGUUCCGCGCGGAACCGCUCUUUUCACUUUAGCGAGGCGAAAUUGUCACAUUUACAUUUGACAAAAUUGUAAGUUUGGAACAGUUCGACUGGGAUUACUCGUGCUAAAUAUCGUCGACGACACCCCCGCAGACGGCAGCAGCAACAGCAACAGCAACAACAGGCGUAGAAAGCAGCAGCGCAAACAAGCAAGAUGCCCAAGAAUAAAGGAAAAGGUGGCAAGAACCGUCGUCGUGGUAAGAACGAGAACGAGUUCGAGAAGCGAGAGCUGAUCUUCAAGGAGGACCAGCAGGAGUACGCGCAGGUGACCAAGAUGCUGGGCAACGGUCGUCUGGAGGCAAUGUGCUUCGAUGGCGUCAAACGCCUGUGUCACAUUCGGGGGAAACUUCGCAAGAAGGUGUGGAUUAACCAGGGCGACAUCAUAUUGGUGGGACUGCGAGACUACCAGGACUCGAAGGCGGAUGUGAUCCUGAAGUACACCCCCGACGAGGCCAGGAAUCUGAAGACCUACGGCGAGUUCCCCGAGUCGGUGCGCAUCAACGAGACGGUCACAUUCGUGGAGGAUGGCUUCGACGAGGACAUCGAGUUUGGCGAUGAGAUCAGCUCGGAGGACGAUGCCGACUCUGUGGACAACAUCUGAUUAACAAGAAACAAAGUGGCGCCGGGAGGGACGACGACGGCGGGAGCGGCUGGCACGUCCGCAUCGGCAGCACCAGCAGCACCAGCAGCAGCAGAGUCAGUUCGAGAAUAGUAGGGAAUUUAACCAAUUGUAAAAAGCAGAAAGCAAGUAGCCCCGAGAUCCCAGCAACCAACCAAUCCAGCAUCCACAGAGCGGCGCAGCAACAGCAAAAUAGCAAAGAGAUUUAUCGACAGAAACCAAAACCAUAGUAUCAGUUCACUUUUAGCCACUUCAAUGUUCAAUAUUCUCCUGCAAAAUUUCUUCAACUUGAAAAUUCAAGUGGAUUCCAAAAUUCAAAUGGUUUUACUUAUGGCCGCCUUAAACAACUAAUUAUGAUAAACAAAUAGCAGAACUGUUACACUGUGCAAGGAAUGCAACUUUGCGAAACAUAAACUAAUAUUAUUUGAAUUAAAAAAGAAAAAACCAAGAAAAACAAA